CAGAGAAAAAGCUCGAAACAAAAAAUGGAGGGAACCAUCUCGCCGCUUUGCUUACGUUCUUCCUCGAGUCUCUGUUACUUCUCCAGUAAUAUCUCACCAGAUUCUCACCGUUCUAUAGGAUUUACAUUGGUUGAUUCGCUCCGGCCAACGAACUUGGUUUCCCUGCGAACGGGAAAUAAACGGUCGUCGUCCUCGUCUCUACGGCUAUUUCUAUCUCCGACGAGAAGCGCUCUCCGUCCGCCGACUAUUUCCGCGGAGGAGGUGAAAGAUGUUCCGAUGCCCAAGAUUGAUAAGAGCGGCCGAUUAAGCAGUCCUCGAGCCGCACGCGAGCUCGCUCUUGUGAUACUCUAUGCCGCAUGCUUAGAAGGCUCUGACCCAAUUCGUCUCUUUGAGAAGAGAAUAAAUGCAAGAAGAGAGCCUGGAUACGAGUUUGACAAGACUUCUUUGUUGGAAUACAACCACAUGAGCUUUGGAGGACCUCCAGUUAAAACUGAAACAAAAGAAGAGGAAGAUGAGCUUGUGCGCCAUGAUGAAAAAGAAUCGAAAAUCGAAGCCGAAGUGCUUUCAGCUCCCCCAAAGCUGGUGUACAGCAAACUUGUUUUACGGUUUGCAAAGAAACUCUUGGCUGCAGUAGUUGAUAAAUGGGAUAGCCAUGUCGUUAUCAUCGAGAAAAUUUCCCCGCCAGAUUGGAAGAGUGCACCAGCUGGAAGAAUACUAGAGUUUUCAAUUCUUCACUUAGCAAUGUCUGAAGUGGCAGUACUUGAAACCCGACACCCAAUAGUCAUCAACGAGGCUGUUGAUCUUGCAAAACGGUUCUGCGAUGGAUCAGCGCCACGCAUAAUCAACGGAUGCCUAAGGACAUUUGUCAAGGAUAGAGCAGCAACAUCGACACCUCAAGCUUUAGAAUUGAAGCAAGAAGUGUCGGUUUAAAUUAGAAGAAAACCCGCAUCUUCGUUAGGAGGCAGGCAAACCUCAGGAAUUUGGUCAUCGGAAGUCGCUAGUAGGCAAAUUGUUGAUCCGAUGAUCUUAUAUAUAGACGGAGUCGCUCUCUGUCUUCUCAGGCCGUUUCUGGUCCGAAGCAUUUGAUACCUGAGACUGAAUCUAUCCAUUGCAGGUGAACAUGAUUAUUGCUAAGAACACAACAUAGUCAUGUCUGUAUUAAUAUAUUGCCCCUAAGAUA